UCCUUUCCGAUAUGACCAAAGGGAAGAGAUCCAAGUGUCCGUGUGGAUUGAACUCCUGUCUUGCUAAACAAUUUAUUUUAUUAUUAAUUACGAUAUAACCUUAAUUAGUUUGCGUUAGUCGGUCCCUCCCAACAUUUGAACAAAAAGACCAAAAACCUCCACUUUUAGGUUUGGAGAUCAAAAAAGGUCGCAAAUUUAUGCUCAAGAACCCAGUUGAUCAUUCGCGUCGAUUUCGAAAGAAUCAAAAGGUCUGUUCUCUCUGAGGGUUUUCAACUGACUCUACUGGUUGUGGUUGGUUCUCUUUCUUUCAGCCAUUGAAGUCGAUAAAGGUCCAUUUUUGCGCCUCGGUUCCCCUUUUUCUUCCUGCUUCUGUGUUUUUGUUGGAGAAAAAGAGUGUCUUUUCAAGUUCCGAUCAUCUUUUGCCUCUCUACUUCAAAGUUCUAACCUUUUUUCUCUAAAACUUUGAAUUCGGUAUUCCAAGCCCAAUUUCGCCACUUGAAAUUUUGCCGCUGAAGUGUGUAAAGGAGGGACAUUAGGGAAAAGGGAAAAAAAUCUGUUCUUGAGGAAGAGAUAUCAUGGGCCACUGUAUUUUUCUUAUUAGUUUUUAGAGGGGGAAAAGAAGAAAAGCUUGUAAUUUGUGAUGUUUUUUUUUUAAGCAGCGUAUCCUCUAAACUAGGGUUGGAAAUCUGAAUGGCUUCUGGUAGAACAUCGGUGAACAUGCGUGACCAUGGUGGAGAGGGAGGCUCGCAUGACUUGUUGUCGAAGAAAGCUCAGAAGUGUAUCGGUCGGUUUUUCCUUGAAAAUGGAAUUGAUCUUUCAGCUGUGAAUUCCCCAAGUUUCAGACAAAUGCUAGGUGUAGUGAGUUGUAGGGGUGAUGCUGAUCAGCUAAGGUAUAAGAUCCCUAGUUUUCAAGAUAUGAAUGGGUGGAUCUUUCAAGAGGAGUGGAAGGAAGCAGAGGAAUAUGUGAAGAGGAUAAAAGAUUCAUGGACCAUUACAGGAUGCAGUCUUCUGUUGGAUACUUGGGUUGAUAUGAAUGGUCGUGAACUAGUUACUUUUAUUGCAGAUUGCCCCGAGGGUCCAGUGUAUCUGGAAUCCUAUGAUGUUUCUAAUAUAAAAUGCGAUAUGGUUGCCUUAACGUUACUGAUAGAUGAGGUUGUUAAGAAGGUUGGAGCGGAAAACGUCAUUCAAAUUAUCAGUUGUUCGGUAACUGGUUGGGUAGGUGAAUUGGGCGAGUGGUUUGCAGGGUGUAGCCGGGGGAUUUUUUGGUCGGUGAGUGUAUCUGGUUGCUUCGAGCUCAUGCUGAAGGAGAUUGGGAAAUUGGAGGUUGUUACCAAUGUGCUUGAUAAGGUAAAGAACAUCUCGAAGUUCAUUCACAGCGAUCCCUCGAUCUUGAAGCUUUUCAGAGAUCAUAGUUGCGGAAAAGAACUGAUUGUCUUGUCCAAGAAUGAUGAUGUGGUUAUGCCUUAUCUGGCGUUGGAGAGAAUUUUAACAACAAAGAAGAACUUGACUACCAUGUUUGUUUCAUCUGAUUGGAAGAGCAUGAUCUGGGCUAAUAAAGAAGAGGGAUUAACAGUUGCCAGAUUGGUGGAGGACUCUUGUUUUUGGAACGCUGCUGAGACAGUUCAGGAAUGUACGAUUCCUGUCGUCGAUGGCCUUUUCUUGUUUGCCAAAGCUGAAGAGCCACAGGUCGGGCUUAUCUAUGAUACAAUGGAUAGAAUCAAAGAGAGUAUGGAGAAGGGGCUUAGUCACAAGAAACUCAGUUGCAAACCUUUCUGGGAUAUAAUAGAUGAAGUCUGGAACACUCGUAUCUAUACCCCUCUUCAUGGUGCUGGUUACUAUCUAAACCCUUUUGCUUUUUACGCAACAGACUUCCAUCUUGAUCCAGAAGUUACCGCGGGUCUGCUCGCAUCUCUCGUCUAUAUGGUAAAAGAAGAGGGUAUCAAGAUCAAAAUUUUAGGACAACUUGAUGUGUACAGACUCGGAAAGGAUUACUUCUUUGAAGCUAGUCGCAUUGACAAAAUCUCUGGAAUCACUCCAGCUGAAUGGUGGGGUAGGUACGCGGAUCAACACCCAGAGUUGCAAAGUUUUGCGGUUAAAAUUCUGAGUCAGACGUGUGAAGGUGCUUCGAGAUUCAGGCUCAAGAGGAGUGUAGCCGAGAAGGUGCUCGCUUCUGGAGGGAAGAGCCCUCCUCUCCACCACUUUGCUUUUGUUCAUUACAAUUUGCAUCUUCGGAGAUCCAAGACGCUGAGGAGGAUCCAAUGAAAUAUCAAGUGAAGUUGGAUCCUUCUUGCUGAGACUAUUAUUUGUUUCUUCAAGAACACGCAAAGAACUGAUGAUGAGAAGGCUUUUGUUCAUGCGGAUUUUUCUCUCUCUUUUUCGGUGGAUUGUAAUGAUGACACGUAACCUAUCAAUUAUAGAUUGAUAAAUUAA